GUCUCCAGCGUCCAGCGCCGCGCAUUGGACUGGACAAGUUGGUUGCUUGGACCUUGAUUUCAGAGCAAAGCUGGCGGAAACCCGCCCGGAACCUACCACAACCCGGCAAAACCUGGCGGAACCUGGCGGAACCCGGCGGAACCCGGCGGAACCCGGUGGAACCCGGCGGAAACCUGGCGGAAACCUGGCGGAACCCGGAAAAAAGUAAGUUGAAGGGGGGUUCCGCUGGGUUCCAGGCUUUCUCAGGUCAGUUCCGCCGGGUUUUGCCGGGUUUGCGCCACGAGGUGAAGGGAAAAGGUGUGGCCUCCGCGUACUGUGGCGGGAACCGGAGUGGGAACCGGAGUGGCAGUACCUUCGAGACAAAGCCUCUGAAGCGUGCCAGCGCUUGGGCCGCAGCGCCACAGCGUGAGCGCGUCAUGGCCGAGAUCCCCAAGUCGAACGGCGCCGCCAAGAGCCCUGUCGCCGACGCCAAGGCAGCCUCGCCCACUACGCCCGUCAAGAGCCCUGUGGCGAAGGUUGAAGAAAAGCCCCUGGAAUCGCCGUCGCGCUUGGUGGCACUCAAGGAGGAGGGGGCCAAGGUAUUGACCGACGCCAAAGCCAAGGCACAAGAGGUGGCGCGCAAGGUUCAGUCCGCAGAGCCUGUGAAUUCUGUGAUGACCAAGGCUUCACAGAUGAGGAGCUCUGCCACCACCGCGGCUGCGGAUGCCUCGGGUGCAGUGAUGGAGUGCUUGUCGAAGCUGAAGAGCGCGGCAGGUGAGAGCUACACGUCCUUGAAAGAGAACGGUCUCAAAAGCUGGUGUUCCGAAAAUCUCGAAGCGGCCAAGGGAUUUUCUAUGCGUCAAGUGCAGUGGUCCGUGGAGACCACGAAAGGCUUGGUGGACUCUGUGAAGACAACGGCGCAUGGCAAGCUGCAGGAGACCUUGACGAGCAUCAAGGGCACCUACGCGAAGGGCAAGAGUCAUGUGGUGAAUGCCUUGGACACUGCCAAGGGCAAGGCGACUCAGGCAUUGGACACUGCCAAGGGCAAGGCGACUCAGGCGCAACAGAAGGCCAAGGAGGUGGUCCAGGACAAGCACGUUCAGGCCACGGCCGCCGGAGCGCUGGGGGGCGCGGCCACCCUGGGUGCCAGUGGCGGGGCCACCGGCCUGGCGGCUGGAACCGUGGUCGGUGCGGCCAUCGGCGUGCUGCCGGCGCUCUUCACCUUCGGCUUGUCCAUUCCCGUGGGCGCGGCCAUCGGCGGAGGAGCAGGUCUGGCCGUUGGCGCCUCCGUAGGCACCAUGGCCGGCAGCGUCACCGGCGGCGCGGCCGGGUAUCAGGCCUACGCCAAGAGGGAGCAGAUCGGCGAGUUUCGCACCAACACGGUGAACAAGGUUACAAGCGGUGUGGAUGCA